GAACACUAUUCUGUAAAUUAGAAAUGAUAGAUUGCUACAGAGUCUUGUUAUGGUUUCAUAGCAACGUUUGUAAAUGAUUGGGCCAAAUCACCACUUAUUGUUUCGGUUGACUCAAGAGGUGAAGACAAACGCAUUGCAAUAAAACUAAAAUUCUCCAUUCAAUUCUGAAUUUUCAAUGUAGAAUACCCGACCGUGUUGACCAUCAUAGGAAAAUAGGCAUUUAUAAUAUGGCAUUCACGAGUAUGCGGGAAUAUGUUGAAAUAUAGCCAAACACAUUUAGUUUCGUAUUGCUUUUAACUUAACGCUUAAUUAGUGGCAGGGAAACGUUCAGCCUAAUGUAUAUAAGUUCUCAUUGGUGUCAAACGAUUCAUAUGACAUCGUGAGUACGCGCACGUAAUACCACUUGACUACAUUUGGGAAAUUACUAUGAGAUCGAACAAAAGAAAACCAAUGUUUGGACAGAUUCUACAUACUAAGACAGCAGAGAUUAAGCAACAUCUUGUUAUUAUUAAGCAGCAGCUUUUAAGAAAGAUUGAGCGAUUUAAAGUGGCGAUGUUCAGUCUGUAUUAGUCCGAAAGGGAAAUAUUCUGGUGCUCAACACUUUGUAUGAUCACUUUACGCAAAAAGACAUAUACGACCAGAAAAAGAGGGAUAACUGGAGUCAAUCUGUCAGUACGAGUUAUCAACAAGAACACUAAAAAAAAGAUAAACUGAAGAAUUGCCAGGUGGGUCAAAUCACCAACAGUGGGCAAGUUGGCCUGAGUUGAAUAGAAGACAAAAACUAGCUAAGUAUAUGAUGAAUCACACAAGUGCAAGUGACUCUCUGGUGCAGAUUCCACAAGGUGUUAUUAUAACUGUUUUUGUUCUGACAGCAGUUUUUCUUGCCGCUGGUACUUACGGAAACGCCAAAGUUUUUCUCUUACUGGAAAGACGGCGUGACCUUAGGAAAGUUCCACACUUUUUGCUUGCUAACCUGUCGGCGAUCGGAUUGUUGUCCUCAGUUGUGGUGAUGCCAAUCGUUAUAUCAAUCGCAGCAAGAACAUACUUUAUGAAACAACAAGACGGGAUCGAGCUUCCUGUUCUGUGUAAAAUUCGUCUGGUACUAUCAUUCUUCUGCAGUACCGUCAACGCCAUAACAUUGUCACUAAUGGCGAUGGAUCGCCAAGACUGCAUUUGUCGUCCUCUCCGGCGGCGUUUACAUCCUGACAACGUGAAAAAAGUUCUCCUAAUUGUCUGGUUGAUGGCUAUAAUUAUAUUUGCGGUCUUUGCUAUACUGCUUAGUAUAGACGAAUCGCAGUGCCCUCAAUACGAUCCCUUCAAUUUAAUAUCUCAUUAUUCCACAUCGAGAGGUUUCUUUAACGCUUACAUCACCAUCUUUGGCACAGUUUUUAAUGUUUCGGCCAUUCUUAUUAUCAUGGUGACAUUCAUUCGCGUCGUAAGCGGACUUCGCUCGUCGCCUUUACCUCAGUCCCGGUCCCUACAUCGGAGGUACGAAUCGCAAAUUACCAAACUUACUUACAAAACAGGUGCUAUUUUCAUUCUGUCCUGGUUUCCAGUAAUAAUCUGUCACAUUACUACUCGAUUUUUUGCUCCUGGGUCGGAACUUACGCUUUCCCUGAAACUGCUAACGACUGCUUUUACAGGUUUUGCAUAUGCAUCAAAUCCAAUUCUUCAUUAUAAAAUUUUGAAGACUGCUUCCCCAACCUUAAGAAUGAGUGACGUUGUUGCAAUUCAGAGUUCAACGGAAGCCAGAGGUGAUGGAACCCACAACGCUUUUUCAGCCUGUCAUUCAGAUGCCUUUUAUAUGGAAUCUAAACUUUAAGGAAAUCUCGUGCUUAAGUCUUCUUUUAUGUAGAUUUUUGCAGACAUUGAGAUAUUGCGUUACUUAAGCCAGAAAUUCAAGAAAUCAAAGUGCUCUCGUAAAUACAAAAGGUGAAUGAAAU